GUUUAUAGCUGAUAACUGAUAACUGAAAAAGCCACUGGCUAAUUGGCCAAUCAAAAACUGCCAACUGCAAGUCCAACAAGUUCGCAGCAAUUAAAAGAAACUGGGGAAAGUCGUCGCAAAGGAGACGAGGACACGGGCCAAGACAAACGGAACUAAUGCCAGCCUGAAAGGAAUCUCAGAAAUUAAGAAGAAAACGCUUCAUGAAAUCGCCCUCGACCCGAGUGCAACUUCCGGUGCAUAAAUGAAAAUAAAUACGAGCGAGGACGAGUCAACACACAGCUCAGGAAAGAGGCACUGUCAUCAGCAGCAGGACCUCCAGAAUGGGAAUUUUAAUGGCAACGGGAUUGGGAACGGGAACGAGAAUGGGAAUGGCAAUGGGAAUGGCAAUGUCAGUGGGCGGGACUGUGGGAGCCACAGGCCAGUUGGAGCGACAAAAGUUAGACAAACGGAUGUGUAGAUUAGACCGGCAACAGCAGCAGAAGACUUCUGCUAAACAAUAGUUGCAGCCAGCGAACAAACAGCAAACAAAACCGAACAAUAUGUGCACAAUGCCAGCAACAACAGAUGCAUCCGGCUCCGGCGAUGCAUCAACUGACCUCAUCGCAGAAAGGAGCCACUCCUGCCACCAAGGACGCCGCUUAAACUUGCGCAUAUUUAAGCUUUUGAUUAGCUGCUGCCUCCUGGCGCUGAGCAUUUACCCCGGCGCCUGGCACUUGCCCAUCAGCCCCGGAUCGGGAUCCCUCUGGGUCAUGGCCGACAGCAUCAAGGGACGCGGCGAUGCCCAUCGGCUGGACGAUAUUCGCUCCCAGUCCCGCACCUCCUCCUCCUCACCCUCCUCCUGGCUCACCCAGAGCAACAACCACGCGAACAUAUCCGAGCUACUGGACAACCUGCUGCGCGGCUAUGACAACAGCAUUCGACCGGACUUCGGUGGACCUCCAGCCACAAUAGAAGUGGACAUAAUGGUUCGCAGCAUGGGACCAAUAUCAGAAGUGGAUAUGACCUACUCGAUGGACUGUUAUUUUCGGCAAUCCUGGGUGGAUAAACGUCUCGCGUUCGAGGGAGCCCAGGAUACGCUGGCCCUGAGCGUCUCGAUGUUGGCCCGGAUUUGGAAGCCGGAUACGUACUUUUACAACGGCAAGCAGAGCUAUUUGCACACGAUUACCACGCCGAAUAAGUUUGUGAGGAUCUAUCAGAACGGACGCGUCUUGUACUCCAGCCGGCUGACAAUUAAAGCCGGCUGCCCGAUGAAUCUCGCCGAUUUUCCCAUGGACAUACAAAAGUGUCCCCUGAAAUUCGGUUCAUUUGGCUACACCACGUCCGAUGUCAUCUACCGCUGGAACAAAGAGCGACCCCCCGUCGCCAUCGCCGAGGACAUGAAGCUGUCGCAAUUCGAUUUGGUCGAUUGUCCUGCCGGCAAUUUGACGGACAUUGUGUAUAAGGCGGCUGCUCCGAGGCCCCAACGUCGUCCGUUCAGCAACAAGGAUCCCCCAAGGCCCACCAGCAAGGUGCUGACCACUUUCGCCGGUCCGGCGGCGAAGAACCAGCAUGUUCGCGGCACAGGACUCAAGCUGGACAAGGGAGCCUUCGGAACGGGGAGGGAUGCGACUGGUGGAGCGGGGUCAUCCACCGGUCUGACUGGAACCAUCACCCUGGAGACCAAUCAUCCAUCGGAGUACUCGAUGCUGAUGGUGAACUUCCACCUGCAGCGGCACAUGGGCAACUUCCUGAUCCAGGUGUACGGUCCUUGCUGCCUGCUGGUGGUCCUCAGCUGGGUGUCCUUCUGGCUGAACCGCGAGGCCACCGCGGACAGGGUUUCCCUCGGGAUCACCACGGUGCUGACGAUGACCUUCCUCGGACUGGAGGCGCGCACGGAUCUGCCCAAGGUGUCCUACCCCACGGCGCUGGACUUCUUCGUGUUCCUCUCGUUCGGCUUCAUCUUCGCCACCAUCCUGCAGUUCGCCGUGGUGCACUACUACACCAAGUACGGAUCGGGGGAGUGCUACUUCAUCAUCGAGGAGCUCGACUCGGACUCCGGCGAAUCGGAGACGGAGCCGCUGACCUCGGACUUCCGAGGCAGCACGGACUCCAAGAUCUACGAGGUGAUCCCGCUCUCCAUGUGCGCCAUCAACAUGCCUCCGCCACCCAGCAGUCGGCUGGGCAUGCUGGCCGCCCGGAGUCGUGGUCCCCGCAACCGGCGACAUGGCCUGUGGACCAUGAAGCUCCUGGGCCUUUUCGACUGGCGGCGGAGGAGAAAGCCGCCGCGGGCGGACUCCGACGGGGAGGAGGACGACGAGCAGACGCAGCUGAGGGUCAACGAGGCUCCGUCCACAUCCGCCGCGGCUGCCGCGGCUCAGGCUGCUGCGGCGCAGGCUUCACGGACCAGUCCUUCCAGCGGAGGACGCCGCAGGAUGUCCUACUACCGCCGCGAGGAGAUGGAGGCCCGCCGGAAGGGCAAACGCACGCCACAGUACAACUCCGUGUCGAAGAUCGACCGCGCCUCGCGGAUCGUCUUCCCGCUGCUCUUCAUCCUGAUCAACGUGUUCUACUGGUACGGCUACCUGUCGCGGAGUGCGCGGAUUCUGGCUAACACUCCGGACGCGAGCACCUGAUGUUACCUUUUAGCAAUUUAGACAGGGUCCUCGAAGAAAUCAGCAAGCGAUCGCCGGCAGCGAACAGACAACUAAGGUUGGUGGUAAACGAUGCGUCAGCCCGUUAACUUGGCCAUUUCAAAUGGAUUUGGUAACAACGUGCAGCUGAUGCCCCGCUUUCGACCAGCUUAAAAAAACGAGUGGGGGGGAAAGAAGUUGGGGAAUCGGGAAAAGCAGGGGAUGGGUUUAACUUUUCGGAUUCAGUUACGCUCUAUUCUGAUUUGCUACCAAACGUGACAUCGCUUUUUGUGAUUUCUUUUCGCGCUAAAUUGCUAAAGUACAGAAAACAGAACUCAACUCUAACAUAUCAGAGGACUUGCUAAAACGGACACCCCUUAAAUAUCGAGCUUUAAAAGAAGAAACAUUUUCAUUGAUUAAUUAAUGCAUUUUCCAAACAAAAAGUUUGUCUUCUCAUUCAAGAAUAUAUAUCAAAAUCGGAUCUUCUGUGAUACUUCCUUGCGUGAUUCUGCCAACUAUUUGAUAAAAGCCAGGGGUGUCCUGUAAAUUUGUUGUACAGCUAACCAAUAAGUUAACUAGUUUCGGUUUUGCGUGUAUUUUAAAUGGUUAAUGUUAAUUUCAAUGUCACAGCACAAGGAAUUUGCACUUAGUUGAGGAAUUCGUUUAGUUCACUGCAAAUUAAAACUUUUACAUGGGAUCACCGAGAAAUAGGGAAAAAGUAUUAGGAAAUUGCCGUCUCUGCUUUUCUGUCCCGGCAAGUAAUAGUGGGUAAGCCAGUAUUUCAAUAAGUCACACAGCCUAUAUUGUUAAUUCAAGAAAAGUGUACGGGCCU